AUCUUUGGGUCUCACCUCUCUGCCUCGGAGUCAGGUUCAACUACAGAACAUCGUAAGCUGCCGGAUGCGGAGCUAACAGCUGAUCUCAGUCUCUAUCUUUACUGAAAUCCUACAGCUGGUCUCAGCCCAAACAUAGCAUCAUGUUUAUCACAGUACUUCUGAUAUGGCUCUGUGUUUGCUUAAUCGUGGUCCACGUCAAGUCUCACCGACCCAAGAACUUCCCACCAGGACCCCCCAUCCUGCCCAUACUGGGGAACAUAUUGCACCUGCACCUGGAGAACCCUUUGAAGGACUUUGAGAGGCUGAGACAGUCCUAUGGAAACGUCUACAGUCUGUUCAUUGGUCCCAGACCCAAUGUAGUCAUCAACGGGCUGAAGGCCAUGAAGGAGGCCAUGGUGAUCAGGGCGGCUGAUUACGCUGGACGACCCCAGGACGUGUUGUUCAGCGAUGUCACCCAGAAAAAAGGACUGCUCACGGUAGAUUAUGGUUCCAGUUGGAGGGACCAUCGUCGCUUUGCUCUGAUGACUUUAAAGAACUUUGGUCUGGGAAAGAAGUCGAUGGAGGACAGAAUCCAUGAUGAGAUUCAAUACACCACUAAAACACUAGAAACCAGCAUCGGGAAAACUCUGAGUCCUCAGGUCAUGUUCCAUAACGCAGCCUCUAACAUCAUCUGCCAGGUUCUGUUUGGUAAGCGCUACGAGUAUGAUGAUGACACCAUCAAAACGAUUGUUCGGUGCUUCACUGAGAAUACUAGAAUAUCCAAUGGACCGUGGGCUAUGAUAUAUAACUCUCUCCCCAUAAUUCGUAACCUGCCACUGCCAUUCAGGAAGGCCUUCAAGAAUCAUGAGACUUGUAGAAAUAUUGCCAGACGUUUGGUGAAUGAGUUCAAGAAGACCAGAGUCCCUGGAGAGCCGAGACACUUUGCUGACUGCUACCUGGAUGAACUGGAGAAGAGAGGAGGUCAGGAUAAUUCGUUUUCAGAGGAAGAGCUGGUAGCAGCCUGCCUGGAUCUUUACAUCGCUGGAACUGACACCACCUCCAACACCCUGCUGACGGCUUUCCUUUACCUGAUGAACCACCCACACAUACAAGAGCGGUGUCAGCGGGAGAUCGACCAGGUGUUGGAGGGAAAGGAUCGACCCAGUUUUGAGGACAGAAACAACAUGCCGUACAUGCAGGCUGUGAUCCAUGAAAUCCAGAGGAUCGCCAACACUGCUCCUCUCAGCCUCCUCCAUUGCACAACUAAAGACACCGAGCUGAUGGGAUACUCCAUUCCCAAGGGUACAGUGAUCAUCCAGAACCUGACCUCAGUCCUGAGUGAGGAGGGACAGUGGAAGUUCCCUCAUGAGUUCAACCCUGAAAACUUCCUGAAUGAGAAGGGAGAGUUUGUUAAACCAGAGGCCUUCAUGCCUUUCUCUGCAGGUCCUCGGAUGUGUCUGGGAGAGGGUCUGGCUCGUAUGGAGCUCUUUCUCAUCAUGGUGACUCUGCUGAGGAAGUUUAAGUUCAUCUGGCCUGAAGAUGCUGGAGAACCAGACUUUACUCCGGUUUUUGGGAUCACUAUGACUCCCAAACCUUAUCGGAUGAAGGUCCAGCUGAGAUCAGAGCAGUGACCAGUGGCCUUAGAUGAUUAAGUUGAAUUUUACUGUGAAAUGUUUAGAAUCAGAUCUUCAUGUCCUUGGCAGUUAACAGACCAGCUGAAUGAAAAUAUGUGAAAUCUUUGCUUUGUGGAGAUA